CUAUGCGCGCAUCCGCACUGAACUGGACCCCCACACUGAUUUUCCUGAUCUGGCUAAAUGGAUCUCCCAAGUUCCUACACUCACAGUAGACACCCUAUUAUAUACCUUUUUUAUGACCCUUAAACUAAUACCGGCUAGUAUAUAUCAGGAAAUGGCCUAUAAACUGCUACACAGGGCAUAUAUUUCGCCUAAACAAGGUUUUCUAAUGGGUAUAUCAGAUAGGGCCGGAUGUAAUAAAUGCUCAACGGUAGAAGCUGACCUUUUCCAUUGUCUCUGGGCCUGCCCUGUCAUUAAAAAAUUCUGGCAUACCUUACACCAUUAUGGCACCUCAACACUAGGCAUCCCCUUUCAAUGCACUGCUCCCUGGGCCCUCUUUGGUCAUCUGUCGGACCAACCUGAAAUUCCAUGCACUGAUAAAAAAUUUAUAGUGUUACUUUCAGCAGUGGGGAAAAAAGCUAUAUUGCAACAAUGGAUCCAUCCUACCUCUCCGACUCUCCCUAUGGCUACUUCUAGGUUACUCUUCUUAUUUAAUAUGGACUGGCUGGAGGCCUCUAUCCACAAGGAAACCCUGACUCCUGCACUCUUUAAGUGCUGGGAUAAAUACAUUUGUACCCUCCCUCCCCACACUAAACUAGCAAUACAUAAAUGUUUCCAAUCUAACUUUUGGUACUCUCUCUGACAACUUGAUAACCAAGCUUCUCUAACUGACUGAGCCUCCUAUCUUCCCCUCUCCCUCUUCUUCAUCCGUACUUCCCUCUCCACACACUUCUUCUUUUCUUUCCCCUCUCUUCUUAUUUCUGCUGUUUCUUCCCUGGCGGAUUGGAUGGACACUUCUAUGGACGGAUCGGUGGCCUGUGGCUCUUGAACAAUCUAAAGAUCCGUCUCAUAUUAUGGAGGAAUCAUUCUCAUGUAAUGGAGGAAGCUUCACAGAUGCCGAAAUUUAUAUGUCCACAGAGCUUACACCGGAUACAUCUCAUAUUACAGAGGAACCAGUCUCAUGUGAUGGACGAACCCUCACGGACGUCGAAAUGUAUAUGUCCACAGAUCUUACACCGGAUACAUCUACUCAUAUUAUGGAGGAACCGGUCUUAACUGAUGGAGUAACCCUCACAGACAUUUCUACACCUAGAGAUCAUACGCACCAUACAUCUACUUAUAUUAAGGAGGAACCAGUCUCAUAUGAUGGAGGAACCCUUACAGACAGUGACAUUUAUACACCUACAGAUCAUACACACUAUUCAUCUACUUAUAUUAAGGAGGAACCAGUCUCAUGUGAUGGAGGAACCCUUCCAGACACUGACAUUUCUAAACCCACAGAUCAUACACACUAUUCAUCUACUUAUAUUAAGGAGGAACCAGUCUCAUGUGAUGGAGGGACCCUCACAGACAGUGACAUUUAUACACCCACAGAUCAUACACAGUAUACAGCUACUUGUAUUAAGGAGGAACCAGUCUCAUGUGAUGGAGGAAUCCUUGCAGACAGUGACAUCUAUACACCUACAGAUCAUACACAGUAUAUAGCUACUCAUAUUAAGGAGGACCCAGUCUCAUGUGAUGGAGGAACCCUCACAGACACUGACAUUUAUACACCCACAGAUCAUAUACAGUAUACAGUUACUCCUAUUAAGGAGGAACCAGUCUCAUGUGAUGGAGGAACCCUCACAGACACUGACAUUUAUACACCCACAGAUCAUAUACAGUAUACAGUUACUCCUAUUAAGGAGGAACCAGUCUCAUGUGAUGGAGGAACCCUCACAGACACUGACAUUUAUACACCCACAGAUCAUAUACAGUAUACAGUUACUCCUAUUAAGGAGGAACCAGUCUCAUGUGAUGGAGGAACCCUCACAGAUAGUGACAUUUAUACAUCCACAGAUCAUAUACAGUAUACAGUUACUCGUAUUAAGGAGGAACUAGUCUCGUUUGAUGAAGGAACCCUCACAGACCCUGUCAUUUAUACACCCACAGAUCAUACACAAUAUACAUCUCAUAUUAUGGUGGAACCAGGACCUUCCAAUGGUGAAAUAUAUUUUAAUGAGCAGUGGAGCGGUAUUAGAAACCAGAAGAGAAAACAGAUUCAUCUCUUUGGAGACCAAUCUUGUUCAUGCUCUGAAUGUGUUAAAUGUUACAAAAUGAUAGGAAACAUAGUUCUGCAUCAGAAACCUAAUACAGGAGUGAGACCAUAUUCUUGCACUCAGUGCGGGAAAUGUUUUAGAAGUAAUGCUUAUCUUAUAGUACAUCAGAGAAUUCACACAGGAGAGAAACCAUAUUCUUGCAGUGAAUGUGGGAAAAGAUUUAUCAGUACGUCAGAUUUGAUAAAGCAUCAGAAAACACACAGUGGAAAGAAGCCAUAUUCCUGCUCUAUCUGUGGGAAAUGUUUUACCACUAAAUAUAGUAUGAUAACGCAUCAGAGUCUUCAUACAGGCAUAAAACCGUAUUCCUGCUCUGAGUGUGGGAAAUGUUUUACCACUAAAUAUAGUAUGAUAACGCAUCAGAGUCUUCAUACAGGACAAAAACCAUAUUGUUGCUCUGAGUGUGGGAAAUCUUUAACCACUAAAGCUGGUCUGAUAAAGCAUCAAAGUAUGCAUACAGGAGAGAGACCAUUUCCUUGCUCAGAGUGUGGGAAAGGUUUUGCUACAAAAUCGGGUCUGAUGACACAUCAGAGUGUGCAUACAGGAGAAAAACCGUAUUCCUGCUCUGAGUGUGGGAAAUGUUUUACCACUAAAUCUGGUCUGAUAACACAUCAGAGUUUGCAUACAGGAGAGAGACCGUAUUCCUGCUCUGAGUGUGGGAAAUGUUUUCCCACUAAAUCUGGCCUGAUAACACAUCAGAGGCUGCACACAGAAGAGAGACAGUAUCCUUGCUCUGAGUGUGGGAAAUGCUUUAGAAGUAAUGCUUAUCUUAUAGUACAUCAGAGAAUUCACACAGGAGAGAAACCAUAUUCUUGCAGUGAAUGUGGUAAAAGUUUUAUUAGUACAUCAGAUUUGAUAAAGCAUCAGAAAACCCACACAGGAGAGAACUCAAAUUCUUCUGAAAGUGGGAAGGGUUUUACCAGUAAAUCGGUUAUCAAAAAGCAUCAUAGACCUACAGGCCAUAGACCGUAUUCCUGCUCUGAGUGCGGGAAAAGUUUUAGAAGUAAUGUAUAUCUUAUAGUACAUCAGAGAAUUCACACAGGAGAGAAACCAUAUUCUUGCAGUGUAUGUGUGAAAAGAUUUAUCAGUUCAUCAGAUCUUAUAAAGCAUCAGAAAACCCACACAGGAGAGAGACCAUAUUCCUGCUCUGAGUGUGGGAAACGUUUUACCACUAAACCAGCCUUGCAGAAGCAUCUGAGAUGUCACACAGGAGAGAGACCAUAUUCCUGCUCUGAAUGUGGGAAAUGUUUAACAACUAAAUCAAGUCUGAUAAACCAUCAGAUAAGUCACACAGGAGAGAGACCAUAUUCUUGCUCUGAAUGUGGAAAGUGUUUUAGGAAUAAAUCAUACUUUGCUGAGCAUCAGAGAAUCCACACAGGAGUGAAACCAUUUUCUUGCCUUCAAUGUGAGAAAAGAUUUAUCAGUACAUCAGAUUUGUUGAAGCAUAAGAAAUUCCACACAGUAAAGAGCUCAACUCUUACUGAAAGUGGGAAGUGUUUUACCAGUAAACCAGUUAUCAAAAAGCAUCAGAUACCUCCUACAGGACAUAGACCCUAUUCCUGCUCUGAAUGUGGGAAAUGUUUUACCACUAAAUCUGGCUUUAUAGCACAUCGGAGGCUGCACACAGGAGAGAAACCGUAUCCUUGCUCUGAGUGCGGGAAGAAUUUUAGAAGUAAUGCUUAUCUCAUAGUACAUCAGAGAAUUCACACAGGAGAGAAACCAUUUUAUUGCUCUGAAUGUGGGAAACGAUUUAUCAGUUCAUCAGAUCUUAUAAAGCAUCAGAAAACUCACAGAGAGAACUCACAUUCUUCUGAAAGUGGGAAGUGUUUUACCAGUAAAUCCGUUAUCAAAAAGCAUCAGAGACCUGCAACAGGAGAGAGACCGUAUCCUUGCCCUCAGUGCGGGAAAUGUUUUAGAAGUGAUGUAUAUCUUAUAGUACAUCAGAGAAUUCACACAGGAGAGAAACCAUAUUCUUGCUCUGAAUGUGAGAAAAAAUUUAUCAGUUCAUCAGACCUUAUAAAGCAUCAGAAAACCCACAGAGGAGAGAAGCUGUUCUCCUGCCCUGAGUGUGGGAAAUGUUAUAAAUGUAGCUCAAGUCUGAAGAAGCAUCAAGGGCUCCAUAAAGAAGAGAAACCAUAUUCCUGUUCUGAGUGCGGGAAAUGUUUAUUCAGUAAAUGGGGUCUGAAGAAGCAUCAGAAGCUCCAUACUGGAGAGAUCCCUUAUUAUUGCUCUGAUUGUGGGAAAUGUUUUGUUAGGAAAUCAGCCUUUCUAAACCAUCAGAAGAAGUUUCACACUGGAUAGAACCUGUAUUUCUGUUUUGAACGUGGGAAAUGUUUUACACGUGUUGGAUAAAAGCCUUAUUCGGAAGCAGCGAGACUUAUUCAAUGGAAAAAGAACAGUCACAGCAUGUUAUACAUCACAGGUUACCUGUAAUUAUCUAGAACAGAGACUAGCCAUAAUCUUGUUCUACAUGUGGGAAAUGUUUUACUAGUGAGCCAGGUAUAAUGUUUCAUUAUAAUAUCUUUGAAGGCUAUCAUGGCAAUAUGUUAUAUUCUUUUUUUGUUCAUAAGAAGCAAAUUUUGUAACUAAAAAAAGGAAAAAUAAGAAAAUCAGAAUUACGAGAGAAGAGAAAAAUUUAAGCCAUAAAACCAAGAGACUUUAGUUGGUGGAUUAUCUAAAUAAAUUCAUCUGGCAACUCAAGAAAUUUGCUUGAAACCUACAUAAAAAUGAAAAACUCCACUCCCCUGCCCUUUUUUUUUUGUAUAAAUGUUCCCCAAAGUUUUCUAUCUUCCUGUAUUUAUGUUCAUUAAGUUUUAUUAUUUGUCUUUUUUGCAAUGAUUCCUGGACACUGCAUUAUAUUGUCAUUUCAAUGUGUGUUUUUUUCUGUUCGGUGAAAUUUUCUUUACAUU